GUGACUCACAGCCUCAGAGAUGGACUGACAGACUCUCACCUUCAUGUCCGACUUUAUGAAUCUUCCUCAACCUGAUGAACCGCUCUUAUCCUCUAGCUUGUGCAAUGCCGAAGGGUGACACGUGGCACGGUGGGGCUGCCUUGGUGUCCUUGAACAAUAUGGAGAGCGCUGGGAGCUGCGACAGUGUCAUCAGUGUGAACUCGGGCUAUAGCGAGGACAGCCUGGAACACUUAACUGCAGAGGAGAUGGCAAGCAUCAUGUAUCUUGAGCAGACCAUCGAAGCACUGGAGGUGCAGGAGGACAGCGGAAUAUCCAACGACGAACGGGACUCAGGACACCAGGCGGAGAAGACGAGUCGGAGUAAAGAAAUUGCCGGUUUAAACGUUGAAUCUGGAAUGAACCGCAGUUGUGAGACCCUGCCCCCACUGUUGGUUGACUUCCCGUCAGAGAAGUGGAGAACGCUGACCGGGGAAAAUUUAGAUGAGCAUCAUCUUCUCAGUCGCACCUGUGAAGUAGACGUUGAGGCAGAAGCCCGUGAAGCCUCUGUGAACGCCACACCAGAAGACCGACUGGUAACUCCUGACUCAAUGGCAAUCACACGUUAUACUGAAGGCUCACCUCCCAUUGACGGCUCUCCAGACACAUUCACUUGCACGACCUCUAAAGUAAACGUAGCUCCGAUUCCCCUUCCGUCUGACUUCAUGGACAACACAGGACUCGGAAAGCCACUUAAUGUCAAAGCCCCCCCUCUCUCCAGUAGCAGCAAGUCAGUGUCCGUUGACUUGUUUUACCAAAGAGCCUUGGAGAAAAGAGCUCCUGUCAGCUCUCCUAAUAACCAGAAACCUGCAGAGAAACACCUAACUGAAGCCAGUCUAAGUUCACCUGCUUUGGAGUCUCUUCUCUCAGAUGUCAUUCUCCCUGAAGUCCCAGAGGUUACUAAGCCAAGGAAGUUUUCUAAGGGAGUCACGCCACCACCAGAAAUGAAAUCGCCCACUGGCAACAGUCACCUUGAGAGAAUCCACCUUGAGGCCCUUCAUAAGCUCGGGCUGCGUCAAGGUAACGGGACAGACCGUUCUCCUGAAACUCAAAAGCCACGGGCAUAUGUUCCAUUUCGAAGUAGUGUGAGUCCAUCCCCUUUAACACCAAGUUUGUUGAGUUUAUCCCCCUCAACACCAUCAUAUACCUCCAUAAGCCCCCUGUCCUCUGCCUCUGACGUUCCGCCUUCACCCGUCGCCUCCGGUCACUUUGCCAGGCGUUGCUUUUCACAACAUGAACAAUCUCCCGUCAUACAUGUUUUAAGGAAGCCUGUCGACGCUGACAAGUUGAGAUCUUCUCCUCGAACUUCUUCAGACCUGGUCAAGCAGCUAAUCCAGGUCCCAAGUGCUCAACCAGGUCCACAAUUGCGCACCGGCCACCGCCUAAGCCGACCCGUUUCUUAUCAUGAAGGCAUCAGCGUCGAGCGGUGCCUCAGUAACGCCACCAGCCCUGACUUUCGGAGACAAGCGUCUCUCCAAACGGCCUUGGAGCAAUCAAAAAAGGCGGUGCGGUCGCAAGGCGUCAGCGUGAUGGUCUGCCCUCGGGAUGAAAAUGGAAUAGAAGCCCUAAAGAAGCUCAAACUGUUCAAGGACUGAUACUAACCACACUACUCCUUACACAUCAUAUAAACAUACUGUAAAUACACACAAAUGACACUUUAUUUUUUUUACAUAUCAACAUCUUGUAACUGCCUCAUAUGACUCGACACGUUUACUUUGACAAACAUGCUCACUUUUGUACAGUGUGGGCCUGAUUUACUAAAAGUUUGCGUGUAUUAAGAUGUGCAAAUUUGACAUUGCACACAAAGUUGACCUACUAAGAAGAGGAUAGCGUCUCUUUAAUUAGCAAAUUAGAGAACGCAAUCCAUUAAGCAUGUUUGUCCUAAUGUAUAUGCCAAUUAUCAGAUUAUAAUACUGGGACAAGGAGAUGCAAAUAUAGUUAUAUAGCACUUGCAAUGUGAUUUAUCAAGACUAAAACCGUCCUGCGACCGCUGUUUGCGUCUAUGUUUAGCAAGUUUGAAAUGUGCUUGCAAAACAGCACAGGAUUGGCUGUGAGAAAGGAGCGAGAUCUUGGACAGAGAAUCCUCCGUCCUAUGCGUGUGUCAACAUAUUUAAACUGUCAUAAAUUAAUAAGUUAUUGGAAAGCUUGUCAAUUUAGCAAUAUCAUUUUACGGUUUCAUAGCUGCCGGUUGACUUAAGAGGCUGAUUAAAACAAAUUCAAUUGAUUUGUUUUGGUGUCUGCUGGCAUUUGUAUUUUAAUGGCAUUCGAGAAUUAUUAUUAUUAAUGCUGUUCAAUAAUUAAUUGUGAUUAAUCACACUUGAAUUUUGGAUUAAUCCUGAUUAUUCACUUGCAUAGUUUAAAUUAUUAUUUUUUUUAAACUAAAUAUGAGAGGGACAAGCUGUACAAAAUGAAUGGAUGGAUUUUGACACAAGGAACAUUUUUUUAAAUGAUUUAAUUGAAUGCACAUUAUAUGCUCAAAACUUGCUAACACGUAUAUGUAUUGAUGCUUCAAGUCUCGUCAGAGUUUAUUUUGAAGUGAAAUUUGCCAGCCAGCACACUUGUCAGAGUCACCUCACUCAUCUUUCCACUGGUGUAUGCACUGACCUGAUCACUGACAAUAUGACAACCCGUUACGCCUUUCAGGUAUAGUUAUGGUCAUGGUAAAGGUGCAUGUACAGUCCAAAUAAAUUGCGUGAUAAAUCUGCAUAUGUGUAUGAUUAAUGCAAUUUUCUGUGAUUAAUCAUAUGGGUUAACUGGUUAUUUUUGA